UUGUCGCGCCCAGGACAGAUCAGAGAAAGACAACACCCCACACCUUCCUACACACACCCUCAUCUCCUCUCUCAACUCCUCCACUUUUAGAAACCAUGAAGCUCGUUCUCGCUUCCGCCGCCACCAUGGGCGUUGCCUCGGCUUUCGUGGCACCCUCGUCUUUCUCCGGCGCCGCCGUCGCCCCCCGCGUCUCGAAGGCGUCGACCUCGACACACAUGAGCCUCAGCGAAUACAAGGACGAGCUGGCGGAAACCGCGAAGGCGAUCGCAGGACCAGGCAAGGGUAUCCUGGCCGUUGACGAGUCGACCGCCACCAUUGGCAAGCGGCUGGCGUCCAUCGGCGUGGACAACACGGAGGAGAACCGCCAGGCCUACAGGGGCAUGCUCUUCACUACCCCGGACCUCGGCAACUACAUAUCGGGCGCCAUCCUCUACGAGGAGACCCUCUUCCAGAACCACGCCGACGGAACCCCCUUCGUCGACUGCCUCCAGAAGAUCGGCGUCAUCCCCGGCAUCAAGGUGGACACCGGCCUCUCGCCUCUCCCCGGAGGGCACGAGGUGGAAACGUGGUGCUCGGGCCUCGACGGGCUCGUGGAGCGCGCGAAGAAGUACUACGCGCAGGGCGCCCGGUUCGCCAAGUGGCGCGCGGUGCUCCAGAUCACCUCGGACGGCGCGCCGUCCGCUCUCUCCAUCCAGGAGAACGCUUGGGGACUGGCGCGCUACGCACGCGCCGUCCAGGAGGCCGGGCUUGUGCCCAUCGUUGAGCCGGAGAUCCUCAUGGACGGCGACCACAACAUGGCCACCACCGCCGCUGUGCAGGAGAAGGUCCUGGCCGCCGUGUACAAGGCCUGCUCCGACAAUGGCGUCUACCUGGAGGGCUCCCUGCUCAAGCCCUCCAUGACCUGCCCCGGCGCGGACUGCACGGAGCCUGUCACCCCGGAGGAGGUGGCCGCGACCACCGUCAACGUGUUGGAGCGCCACGUGCCGGCCGCCGUCCCCGGCGUGAUGUUCCUGUCCGGCGGCAUGUCCGAGGAGGAGGCGUCGAUCAACCUCAACCUCAUGAACAGCACACCGCGCAAGGGCCCGUGGUCGCUCUCCUUCUCGUACGGCCGCGCCCUCCAGCAGUCCACCCUCAAGGCGUGGCAGGGCAAGGCUGAGAACGUCGAGGCCGCCCAGGCACAAUUGAAGGCACGCGCGCAGGCCAACUCGGAAGCCAACCUCGGCAAGUACGUGGCGGGCUCCCAGCCGUCGGCCGACGAGACCCUCUUCGUGAAGGGCUACAAGUACUAAGCAAGCCCACGGGCGCGUGGUUAUCGUUGCAUAGUGCUAGAGAGAGAAGAGGGAAGAAAAUUUUCGUGUGAAGUUGUGAGAUGAACAGGAAAAAGCUUCUUGGCAGAAAUCAGGCUUGGGUGCGGAGGGCACUUGGGAGCUGGGUGGAGGGAAAGGGGAGGGGCGAGGAGUCUUUGCUGCUGCGUCAAUGGUAGGGAGUGAGGGUUUUUUAUGGUUGGGUGUGUCUUUUUGUGUUCCUUUGUCUUGUUGGGGUGGUGGGCUGCAGUGUGUUAAGGCCGUACCCACCCAGCUAGCCCUCCCUCUGCUGUUGCCCCCGGCGACAGUUGCUCGCUGCUCCCAUUUUGCGUGCGCUGCACGAGUCGCACGAUCAACUAUAAUAGUGUUCCCUCAGUACCCCGGGGGUGCUACGGAUGGAUGGAUGCCUAUUGGUGGCUUGACUACUCCCUCCCUGCGUUGGCUUUGUCAUGUUUGGGGGGGAAUUCCGUCCCUCGCGUAAUACCCCUCACACCUCCUCUUUCCUCGUGAAGCGGCACGCUUGGCGAGGGGCGGAGGGAGGUACGGAGAGGCGCAAGAAAGCAUUUUUUUUGUGCCGUCAUUUUUUUGGCUCGACGGCGCAAAAGCUGCUGUGCGACCAAAUUUAUUCGUUGAAGAAAGAUGUAUGCAUUGCGUGCACCGAGAAAUAGAGACGUCUUGAAACGGGCGUGUAAGGUUUUUUGGUGUGCGGAAACGGAGGGGAUGUACAGCGCUGACCAAAGAGGGGUGGGGGACACACGACAAUUAGGCGAUUGUGACGAGAAAAGGUGCAGUAUUAUUAGGCGUCGCGAAAAAGGCAACGGGCUUGGUGCUACGCUUCGCCUAAACAAGGGCGUGGUGACGGCCUGUUCGUUACCACGAAACCCGGCGCGGGCAGGGCAUGGCGUCUGCCGGCGUAACGUGUAGGUGCUGAGCGUGGGGGUAGGGCACAGGGUAGUUUUUUUCGUUUUCACCGUUUACGCUUUUUAGAGGUGGAAAGAGACUGCCUGUUCUUUCCUACUGCUUUUGCCCCCUCGCUUCAAGUACGCUUCUUGUCGCAGUAAAAGACGAGAGAGGAUUUUUACGAAGGCACAUGCACGGAUGCUCUUGUGAGACAUGCACGGUUUGGUUCCUUUUUCAAGCGCUUACUUUUCCUCCCGGCGCUCCGGGUUUCUCUCGGGUUAUGGAACAUUCAUCUUACUCAGGAAAGGUUGAGGAACUACUGGGCGCUCAGACUUUCCCGCCGUCUCUUGCCCUUUGCAUAUUGUAAGCUUUUAACUGCACCAAUCAUGAGUCCACCUUUGCACUCGACGGUGAUCAGAUGGUUUCCUCAGGCGACACACGCCGAUAGGACGAAUAUAGGCAAGGUGGGUCAAUCUCAAAUGAUGGAUCGCAUCCUGCGACAUGAGCAUAUCUCGGCACCCUGUUCGCACGUUUCACGUUUGUGUGUGACUGCCUGUCGGUCGUAAGUCGUCAACGUCAACGCCAUAUGGGAAAAGCGAACUUCGCAUGGGUUCAUCGUUGAACUCAUUACCAUUUUAUUGGCAUAUUCGGAUGGUUUCGUCUGCUGGAUGUUAUUCAACACAGGAGGCGUGCACAUAACACAAAUUUGUCUCAUUUUCUCCAGAGCAGGAUCGCAUGUCGAAACCUCGCCUGGCCAAUCAGCUUUCAAAUAUGAUUCCCAACCCUGGGCGACGCAACAGCAGCCAAAACACAACGCCGCCUGGCAGUGCAUAAUAACUGGUCACAAGCUUCCCCUCCGGACAAUGAGCGUGCGCGUCAGCCAGCGGACACAAGCCCCGCCACGGGCGAUCGCUUCUUGGCAGAGCGCUCACUAUCUUGCACCCAGCAACUCGUCAAGGUUCUGCUGCUGUGGACAGUACAUGCGCGAGACCCGCGAGGUACCGAAACGGCUUCCUCACCGCCUAGUACGCGGGCGCGGGACCACCUCGACCACACCAACAACGUGAGCGGCAUGCACUUGUGCAACAUGAAAAAUGCACGCUCAGCAUGCACGAACUGUUCAAUCCUGCUCAGCCAACCCAAACUCCAAAAGGAUUGGUCAUACAGGGAGUGAGAAGAAAACAUCAAGUACGCGAUACCCGCCAACAUGGCAAACCGACAAGUACAGCUUUCCUGUUCCCGCACAAACACAAAUCGCCACAGGCACCAUCUCUUAGCAGCGAUGAAAAAGUGCCCUGUUGACUCUCCGACCCCAGGGGUUAUAGCACGGCGAAGGUUCCACCAUCCUAAUAAUCGGCACCACGCUCCUCCUUCCUCGUUCUGAGAGGGGGUAAGUGGUCACAACCGGCCUUAACGUGGAAAACGUCAUCAACGCCAAAACUCCCUCACUCCAAAAAGUCGACCCCGGCAUGCUCCGUCCCGCCUUUGUAAGGAUGCGAGGUCAAUGGUCUAGCGACUGCGGCAUGCACGACUAUGAGUACGAGUACACCCCCCUCCAUCUCCUCACCACCUCUCACGGACCAAGCCUGAGAAAACACUCAUUCACAAGACAGCGCUAGACGUCGAAUCGGCAGCCACUACCGUCGUGGUCGGGUUAAAGGCGCCACCGUAUCCCCCCGCACCCAC